AUGGUGGAGAACCACACCCAAGUCACCUGGUUCUGCCUGCUGGGACUUACAGAGCAGGAGGACCUCAAAGGCAUCUUCUUUGUGCUCUUUCUGUUCAUAUAUUCAGUCACUGUCGUGGGCAACCUGAGAAUGAUCACCCUGAUCCACGCAGACCCACAGCUCCACACACCCAUGUACUUCUUCCUGAGCAUCCUCUCUUUCACAGACUCCUCCUUUUCCACGGUGGACACCCCCAGGCUGCUGGAGAGCUUCCUUGUCUCAAACCAAUCCAUCUCCUUUGCAGGCUGUGUGGUCCAGAUGGCCCUCAUGACCCUCCAUGGUACUGCUGAGUGUCUGCUCCUGGCCAUCAUGGCCUAUGACCGAUUCACUGCCGUCUGCCACCCUCUCCUCUAUCACACUACUAUGUCCCAACGUCUGUGUGUGCUGCUGGUGGUGACCUCCUAUACUGUUUCUGUUGCCAUUUCAGCUUUGCUCACUGUGAUAGAGCUGCCCUACUGUGGCCCCAAUGUCAUUAAUCACUAUUUCUGUAACAUCCCCGCUGUGCUCCAUCUUGCCUUCUCCUAUGCCUACAUCCUGGUGACCAUUUGCCGGAUGAGCUCACUGGAGGCCCAGAGCAAAGUUCUCUCCACCUGUGCCUCCCACCUCAGCAUCAUCUGCCUUUUUUAUGGCACCAUCACCUUCAUGUAUGCUCAGCCAAGCUCUCACAAGUCCAUGGAACAAAACAACAAGGUCAUCUCUGUCUUCUACACUGUGGUCAUCCCCAUGCUGAACCCUCUGAUCUACAGCCUGAGGAAUAAAGAUGUAAAAUAUGCUUUGAAGAGGAGAUGCCUUUGCAAGCUGUCUUCAUAA